AUGGUGGGUUUGAAGCAGGUUUUGAAGAUGAAUAAUUUAUGGUUUUCAGAAGAAGAUGAAUGGCGAAAAUGGCGGGUUUGCUUGAGAGAAUACAACAGUAUUCGUAGCAAACAAAUUGAACUUUCUUUUUCAAAUUUUGUUGGACUUAAUCUCCAACUAAUUGGUCUCGCCCCAGUGGUAGAAGUGAAGAGGUGUAGUGAAAGGAUUAAGCUCGUUAGAAUAGUAGUAGGGGAAGAGAUUAUAUCGGUCAUUAGUGCUUAUGGGCCUCAAGUUGGGAACGAUGAGCAAGUAGAGCAAAAGUUUUGGGACAACCUUGGAGACAGUGUGUGGAAUGAGAGUGGGGAAAACUUGCUUGAGUUUGCAUUAGUAAAGAAGUUGCUUAUAACAAACGUGAUCUUUAGAAAGAAGGAUAAACACUUGAUAACGUACAACAGUGGUGGGCAUGAGACCUAA